AUUGCAUGCAGAAGUUCUGAAACGGGAACUUUUCAAAAUUGCCAGGAGGGACUAUUAGUUUACCUGGAACUGAAAAUAAGGUUACCACUUAUGAAAAAAACACCACUUACUGAAAAGUCAGAAAGUUAAGUUUGUAAUGUAUCUAAAAUCCUGUUCACUGGAUAGAAUAAAUCCUACACGUCAACUUCGUGUUGUGACGUAACCCGGAAGAGAAUCUGCUCUUUGAAAGAUGGCUUCUGUUCGCUGUCGGCGAGAUCCUUGUGGUUUUAUCUGCUUGAUUUUGACUUAUUUCAGCGUUUUUUAUGCCGAUUAUGUGGUUGUACAGUACGUCCUGAUCCCAGCCUAUUCUGGAAGUGUAUGGUGUUCGUUCCAUGGCACAGUGUUCAAUGUCAUUCUAUUGCUGCUGCUUGCCUGUCACUCCAAGGCUGUCUUCUCUGACCCAGGUAUGGUUCCACUGCCAGACACAGCAAUAGACUUCUCUGAUCUCAGGUCACAGUCUUCACGCAAAAAUGACAGGGGCUGUGAGGGAUGGACAAUUUGCAGCAGAUGUGAAACUUACCGCCCACCUCGCGCUCACCAUUGCAGGGUCUGUCAACGCUGCAUUCGUCGCAUGGAUCACCACUGCCCCUGGAUCAAUAACUGUGUGGGAGAGCUGAACCAGAAGUACUUCAUCCAGUUUCUCUUCUACACUGGACUGGCCAGUCUGUAUUCCAUUGCCCUGGUGGUAACAGCGUGGAUCUGGCGAAUAAGGAGUGAGAGAGGUGGAGAUGGAGAAAGGGACAGAGAUGGGGAGGAAGCUCCCAGCAAACACUUGAUCAUAGCACACUAUAUCAUCCUACUUGUGGAGUCUGUUUUGUUUGGAGUGUUCGUCACAGUCAUCUUUUAUGAUCAGUUGGUGUCCAUAAUAACAGAUGAAACGCCAAUUGAACAGAUGAGGAACAGACUCAUGAAGGACAAGACAUCUAACUCUCAGCACACACACACAACACACACUCGCAAACCAAAAAUUGCACUUCUCAGGGAGGUUUUUGGAAGAGGGUCAGUGUGGUGCUGGCUGUUCCCUCUCCACUCCAGUCCUCCCUCUGCUGGGGGAAUUAGCUACUCAGCCGUACCAGACUAUGACGUCUAAGUCGCUGGAUGGUCAGGACUGGGGUUUAUGAUGAUGAUAAUGAGUUGUCUCUUGUUUUAAUCACACCUCCAUUAUUUAUUUAUCUAUUUUUUAAGUGUCCUACAUUUCUCCAUGCACUACUCAUUGCCCUCUUUGCACGACCUUGCCCACGAUCCUGUCCUCUGCACAAAUCGACAGUUUACAGUACUGAUUACGUAACCUGGUCCCACGUGGGAUCACUGCCCUUAAAUGACCACUAGAGUGCAGUAUUUAUGGACUGAAGUAUAUGCAUACUAAUGUUGCAUUUGGGUUGAACUGCUGUUUCUACUUUUUUUUUAAAGCAAAAUGCAGUAUAGUUUUUUCUGCAAAUUUACUUAAUAUGUCUCACCAAUUUGCUACCUUUUGAUCAUAUUUAAUUGCUCUUACUAUCUGUGGGUUACCUGUACAUAAUUAUGUAUUUUCUAACAAUACAACUUGCUUACAAGUUUACUGCUACACAAGUAUUAUAUCAUUGUGGGCUAUAUUUUGUUCCCAUUUUGUUAAAAUAUUGCUGUUUGCUGCUGUUUAACAGAUACAGGGAUUUAUAUAUUUAUGAGUUUAAAAGGAUAAUGAGGGAAUGUGAUAUUAUUUCAUUUUAAGUGUGAGUUGUAAAAUUUAAAUAUUUAAUCUUAAGUAAAUGGUUAUUUCCCUUUUGA